UACACUAUCCACCGCACAUGCAAAAUGAUGUCAUCCAGCCUGACGCUAUCGCGAGGAAACAACGGGUGCAGCUGCGUUGGGCGGUCGUGAACCGGCGUCGUGUGAAGGCCGUCGCAAGCUCAGCUGUUUCCGAAGGCGGCGGUAAUGACGUGCACGUGAGACUGAACCGGAAAGGCUGGGCGCGAUGCGCGAUGCCGGCUGCGUCGGGUGUCCGCCGCUGAACGUCGUCGGCACCGUGGCCCGCGCGUUCGGCGCGCUCUUCUUGGCCUGUGUCUUUCAGCAGCAGCUCAUGGCUUCGCUCUAUAUCGCCGCGCUGUUCGUAGCGCUCGCUUGCUACGCCAUCCACCGAGCAGCUCUGCCGCGCGUCGACGACGCGCUCGCCGCCGAGGUGAUUCUCGGAGACGAACGCGGCGACGCCGCCGACGCCCCGUUGCCGCUCGUGUUCGCCCACCGCGGCGGCGGUCACGACGCUCCCGAAAACACCCUGGCCGCCAUCCGGGAGGCGAAGCGUAACAACGCCUCGGGAAUCGAGUUCGACCUCUCCUUCACGCACGACAGCGUCGCCGUCCUCUUCCACGACGAGACCCUCGAGCGAACCACCAACGGCGAGGGACCACUCGCUGACAUAACCUUCGAAGCCCUGCGCCGACUCGACGCCGCCGCCAAACACCCGUUCGCCGAGCGCUUCGUGGACGAACGCGUGCCGACGCUCGAAGAAGGAGUCGACGAAUGCCUCCGCCUCGGCUUGCGGCUCAUUCUGGACGUGAAGGAGUACGAUCACCGAGCCGUCACCCUCGUCGACGAGUUGUUUCGCAAGCGGCCCGAGCUCUAUCGGCGGGCGCUCGUCGCCUCCUUCUACCCGCAGUUCAUCUACGCGCUCCGGCGCCAGAACCCGGGCAUCGUGACGGCGCUCACCUGGCGACAGGGAUUCGUGGCAUACGACGACAUCGAGAACCUGCGGCCGCGCUUCAAGUCGCACACCAAGCAUUUCCUGGCGCGAGUCGGCGACUGGCUGCUGGACCGGGCCCUCCACGGCGGCCUGCUGUCGUACCUGACCGGGGCCUCGGCCGUUCUCAUCUGCAAGAAUGUGCUGAGCGCCGAGUACGUGCGCUCGUGGCGGGACCAGGGCGUGCACCUCGUCGCGUGGACGCCCAAUCACCCGGCCGAGAAGGACUUUCUCCGCAAGGUUCUUCGGGUGCCCAUCAUCACCGACACCUUGCGUCACGCCUAGACACUGCCUGACGCUUUUUAGCGCCUUUUCCAACGCACAUAAUUCAUCACGCUUCUUGGUUAAGUCUUCACAAAUUGCUGGUGGCACCGCUCGUAAUGCUGGACAAGCAUUACGAGCAUUACAUUGUGCAUGACUGAAUUUCCGACAUGUGCUUUCAGCACCGCUGUAUUUAACAUGUAAGCCUGCAGUGACCCCUAUGGCACUCGUUUUUAUGUAUUUUGCAAGAUGGGGACCCUUUCCCUGCCUCUUAUGAUAGCAGGCGAUUGACGGAUGCAGUACAUAACAAUCCCAUAGUAGAUUCUUAAUGAAGCUUCAUAUGCAUGUUUUAACAAAUGCAUGAUUCCUAAUAAUGCAAUGCUGGACAAUGUGGGUAUAUAUAAUAUAUCACUGAGAAAGCAAGCGGCGGAGGGAACAAGAGGAUUACGAAUGCAAUUUGUCGUGUUUUUGACAUCGCGAUUUAUGCUGUGUGACUUUUGCCCGAGGGUAAAUCUCUUGAUACUUGAGCGAAUCUCAAGUUUUCGAUGAACGAAUGAAGUUUUCGGUGUGUGCUCAGAGUGGAAAGAUCACCCUUGUGUGGUAAACAAGCUAUAACAAUUUAUGAAAUUGACACUACUGCUGCGCAAACAUUUAUUUAGUUAAUUUUGUUUUAUCCUGUCCACAUGUCACGUAAGAUAGUACUUUACCAAGGUUACCGUUGACUUGGCAACAAAUCUUAUAUGUGACUGCCGUAUUGCUGGCUACAGUCUGCCAUCAAUGCUUUCUGGUCUUAUUGAGAAUGAAUUGAGAAUGACAUUUUGAAUACACAUUGCAUGUUUCUGCUUAAAUGACAGUAACUUAAACUACCUAACUUAAAGCAGCAAAGCUUAGUGGCUUCGGAGUUGUAUGUAACCUCUUGCACAAUCUUGCAGCUUUUUAUGCAGCUUGUAUAGCUCACGUUGCAGCCGACUUAGUCCUGGCUGGAAUUUUUCUGCACCGGUGAUCUCUGCAGAGUGUUCUGCACUUUCACAGAUAGACGUCGGGGGCCUCAUCAGUGAGCACCAAUGUGCUUGAUAGGAGGGGGUACCUAGAAGUCGCUGGAGUACUUUCCUUGACACAUGCAUGCCCUGUAAUGCACCGAACAUGCCCUUAGCAAGUGUCAGAUUUAUUUCCUUUCUGCAUUGUGGUAGGUUCCGAGUUUGGUGUUUGAUACUGUGAAAGAAUGUGCAAACCAUCUUUUUCUCAUCUGCUGCAAGCACAAAAGGUGCAGCAGCGGGUGCACAUGUGAGCUUGUUGACGACUUAGCAUAGGGAACAAAGAAAUGGCGCAAACACAGCACAACAAUGGCUAAAAGGCUUGACACAGCACCUACUACCAAACUGUUGGUUUAUUGUGCCAACCGCAGGUACUUAUAGUUGGUAGUCAAUGCUUUGUACUGUGUGUUUAAGCCGACAUUGUAUGUUUCUCCACCAGAAAAGGUGCGCUCUCUUCAAUUGGAGAUCCGUCAAAAUUUGCUUCCGGGAGCUCUGUAGUGGUACUUUCAUCUGAAAGUAGCAAAAUGGUUGAACAAUGCCUUUUGAUUUGUUCAAAAACAUGUUGAUGCUUUUAUCAUUCCUGCUGACCAUUGGCAAACUAGGCCGUUAUUUGUUUUCAAAUGAAGUAUUACCGACCUUUGAAACAGAAGAAAACGGUGGAAAUUCUAGACUGCAUGUUUACUGAAAAAGCAUCAUAUUUGUAGGCUUGUGUAAGCACAAGAACAGCUUGAGGUGCAAUCUGUUCUCAAAAAGAAGCACUUGCGGAUCCAGAGCGGUGCAUCGGCCCCUGCAAAGAUGCUCACUUCCACAGAUGUCAUUCUUUUUAUCUGAACCAUCCCAAAAUUUCCAAUAGCGGCUUUUACGGAGAGCACAAUAUAGCGCCUUUGCCCCUUCAACAGUCAUCUAGGUAUGCAGAAAAGUUCUGCACAUACCUUUCAGAUUUAGUGUUGUUAAAAACAGCUAUCAGCUGAGCGAAGAAACGAAAUGCAGAAUUUUUUGAAUAUUUUCAUAGCUUGUUCAGACAAACACUUCACUGCAGCCCCAUCAGCAGAGCAUUUUAAGCACAAUAUAUAGCUAGUUGUUUUUAUACUGUGUGCUUGGAGAAUACCCAGCUGUUUGGGAGACUUUAGAUGGGACAACGUAACACUACAGCUUCUUGCACUUCAUCAGUAGUGCAAACAGUGCUUUGCAGCUGCCAGUCAUAAAUGCUGGAUCAUACGAAAGGAAUGGAAUCUAGUUAAAGUAAUCCUUACAUUAUAGUGGCCUUCACGUGCAUUACACAUUAGUGCUCAAAGCAACAAUCCUGCUGGCAUUGCCAGAAACGGCAGAUGUUCACCUUGAUGAGCUGUUUUUUAGUGCAAUAUGUGUGUGAUAAAGUAUUUCGCAGUACAUGUCAUGCAAAAGUGUCUUAAGUUGCUGACUUCUGAUUUCGAUAGUUUCUUUAGGUGCAUAUGAUGCUCAGGUUCAAACAUUAUAUCUAGAAGUGUAGAAUACAGUGACUAAGGGGGUUAGAAGUCUGAUUUGAACACGAAAGGAACAAUUGUGCUUUGGGUACCCACUCGCAGUGUUCCAUGUGGGACUUUCAUUAUGCAUAUCAUUAUGGCCUCCAAUCAUCAAUGGUUGCUUUUGGCAGCUAGCUUGCGCUCCCGUGAAGCAAUAAUCAUUUGAUGUUUUUUACCCAGUCUAAAUGGUCCUCUUUUAAUGGUUGUCUCUAUCGAAUUGUGCAGCUGCGUACAAACAUUUAUUUUUUGUUUGCUGUCACGUGGAUGUGCUUCAUCAUAGCGACAUUUAUUUUUUACAUCUGUCAGUAUGAUCCACUGAUAUUUGUGUCCUUGUUUAUGUGUGGCAGUUCACUCACCUGGAGUGCUGAGUAAAUAAAUGAAGAAAGUAUGGUGUCAGUCGAAGCAUC